AACACCAAAUACAACGUAGUGAUUAGAACUUUAAUAUAUGAACUUGAGGUCGAUCAAUACGAGUCAAUUUGUGCUUUAUCAUUCCUCUCCCAUAUAAAGGAAUAAAAAAAAAAACCAAUUCCCCAAAUCACUGCGCGCGUUUCUCUCUCCUCUCUCUAGUAUCAAUCGCACUAAGCUCAUUCCAUGGAGGUUUCACAGAUUCCGAGACGACUGAAGGGACACACAGCAACAUCUACCUGCUGCAUCGCCUCUCAUCAACGCCCUGGCUUCAUUGCCACCGCCGGUGAGGAUGGUUGUGUGUGCUUGUUUGACUUGCGAUGCAAAGCUGUCCAACUAGUCAUGAAGCUAGGGAAUGACACUAUUUCGUCGUUGUGUUUCAAAGAAGGGAAUGAAAAUAUGAUAUACCUUUCCUCUGGGACAGAAGUCAGAUGCUUCGACAUUCAAAUGGCUUCUCUGGAGAAGCCCUUGGAGUGUUACAAAUACAACAACGAGGAAAUAAACCAGAUAUCAUGCAACUCAAAAUCGUCCUUUCUAGCUGCUGCAGAUGAUACUGGUGAUGUGAAGAUAAUUGAUAUCCAACGGCAAUGCCCUUUCAAAACAUUGAGAUCUGGUCAUAGUAGUAUAUGUAGCAGUGUACAGUUUGUUCCUUGGAAGCCUUGGGAAGUCAUUACCGGCGGUCUGGAUUCCAAAAUGAUUAUGUGGGAUUUCUCCAAAGGACGCCCAUUCCUUGUUGUGGACUUUGGGGACCUGGAGGAUAGAAAUAGAAGUACCGGACAGUUUUGCAACCCAGCUUUCAUCCAUGCUAUAGCUGUUCCCGAAAAAGACAUGUUGGACAAGUUAGGGAAGGUAUGUGCUGUUGCAAGGGGAGAUGGUAUCGUCAGCUUAAUUAAUAUAGAAGCAGAACUUGCUGCUGUUAAGUCAAAAGGGGACCCCAAACCUCGCAGGAAUCCCCAAGCCAGGUCAAGUAAUGCUGCUCCAAUCCCAGAUAUUGAGACAAAGAACCAAAAUGAGGUGAAAAGGUUGCAUUUUGAUUUCACACACGGAGGUCAUACAGCAGCUGCUUCUUGCGUGACAUUCUCAUCAUUCGGAGAAAGAGGGAAGUUUAUAAUCUCUGGAGGAAAUGACAAGUCAGUGAAGAUCUGGGAUUGGUCUCGAUAUCUUGACGAGACACAACCAAUCGCAGACGUAGUUGCUACUCCCAGUAUUAAUAUGCCAAAAAAGGUUAACUGGUUGUGUACUACCCCAACUGAUUCAGAAAACCUUGUUGUUUGUGACACAUCCAAAGUGGUAAAGGUGUAUACUCUUGCUUAUGCAGCUCUUGCAAGAAGCAGCAAAACUUCAACCUGUAGACAGAGAACGAAAGUCGAAAGAAAACAGGAAAAGAUGAUGCAUGCUGGUGUUCCUCUUUGUAACACUUGUGGUGAGCAAGUGGGAUUCGACUCGAAUGGAAAUGUGUAUGUGGCUUGCCAUGAAUGCAAUUUCCCUGUUUGUAAGGAAUGUGUUGAUUAUGAAAUCAAGGAAGGUAAAAAGGCUUGCUUUCGUUGUGGUGCUCCCUAUGAAGACACUUUAACCUAUGAUGAGGCUGGUGUUGACGCGUCUGUCAGUCAUAAGAACACGACAAACCUUCCAACAAGUGAGCAGAAGCAGGAUCUUGGCUUACAUGCUAGAAAUAUGAGCAGCUUCUCAACAGCUGAUAGUGAAUUAAAUAGUGAAUCUGGAAGUGCAAUCUGGAAGAAUCGGGUGGAUAGUUGGAAAGAAAAGAAAGACAAGAAGAAAAAGAAAGCUGUAAAGGAGUCCAAAGUUUCAAAAGAAGCUGAUCAAGUUCCAUCAGAGCAAUUGAUGGAAGAAAAGCCGUAUGCAGAGGCUGCACAGCCACUUUCAAGAGUUGUUCCGAUCCCAAGAACGAAGAUUACCUCAUACAGGAUAAUGAUCAUUGUGCGGUUGAUCAUUCUUGUACUGUUUUUCCACUACAGAAUAACAAACCCUGUUGAUAGUGCCUUUGGCCUAUGGCUUACUUCUGUUAUAUGUGAGAUCUGGUUUGCUUUUUCCUGGAUAUUGGAUCAAUUUCCUAAGUGGUGUCCCAUCAACAGGGAGACUUUCAUCGAUCAGUUAUCCUUGAGAUACGAAAGAGAUGGAGAACCUUCAGAGCUUGCAGCUGUUGACUUCUUUGUAAGUACCGUGGACCCCUUGAAAGAACCACCUUUGAUCACAGCAAAUACUGUGCUCUCCAUCCUUGCUGUAGACUACCCCGUUGAUAAAGUCUCUUGCUAUGUCUCUGAUGAUGGUGCUGCCAUGCUUACUUUUGAAUCCCUUGCUGAGACUUCUGAAUUUGCAAGGAAAUGGGUACCUUUUUGCAAGAAAUAUGAGAUUGAGCCACGUGCCCCCGAGUUUUACUUCUCGCAGAAGAUUGACUACCUUAGAGACAAAGUGCAACCUUCUUUUGUGAAGGAACGCAGAGCGAUGAAAAGAGAAUAUGAAGAAUACAAAGUGAAGGUCAAUGCUUUAGUUGCCAAGGCACAGAAAACUCCAGAAGAAGGCUGGACCAUGGCAGAUGGAACACCAUGGCCUGGAAACAAUUCUCGCGAUCAUCCAGGAAUGAUCCAGGUUUUUCUUGGAAAUACUGGUGCUCUUGACAUAGAAGGUAAUGAGCUUCCGAGGCUUGUUUAUGUCUCAAGAGAAAAGAGACCUGGAUUUCAACACCAUAAGAAAGCUGGUGCUGAGAAUGCUUUGGUCAGAGUAUCUGCAGUACUCACAAAUGCUCCAUACAUUCUUAACCUUGAUUGUGAUCAUUACGUCAACAACAGCAAGGCAGUUCGUGAGGCAAUGUGCUUCCUGAUGGACCCUGAAGUCAAUCGGGAUGUUUGCUAUGUUCAGUUCCCUCAAAGAUUUGAUGGUAUUGACAGGAGUGAUCGAUAUGCCAAUCGGAAUAUUGUCUUCUUUGAUGUUAACAUGAAAGGGCUUGAUGGGAUUCAAGGUCCAGUUUAUGUUGGAACUGGUUGUGUAUUCAAUAGGCAAGCACUGUAUGGCUAUGGACCAUCAUCAUUACCUACUUUACCCCAGCCAUCCUCUUCUUCCGGCUGUUGCUGCCCUUCCAAGAAGAAACCUGAAAAAGACAUCGCAGAGGUUUAUCGAGAUGCAAAGCGUGAAGAUCUAGAUGCUGCCAUCUUUAAUCUGAGAGAGCUCAACAAUUAUGAUGAGUACGAAAGAUCAAUGCUGAUAUCUCAAACAAGCUUUGAGAAGACAUUUGGAUUAUCUUCCGUGUUCAUCGAGUCCACAUUGAUGGAGAAUGGAGGUGUUCCAGAUUCUGCUAAUUCGCCAACAUUGAUCAAAGAAGCAAUACAUGUAAUUAGCUGUGGAUAUGAAGAGAAGACGGCCUGGGGAAAGGAGAUUGGAUGGAUAUAUGGAUCUAUCACAGAGGAUAUUCUGACAGGGUUCAAGAUGCAAUGCCGUGGUUGGAGAUCAAUAUACUGCAUGCCCUUAAGGCCUGCCUUUAAAGGAUCUGCACCCAUCAAUCUGUCUGAUAGGCUGCACCAGGUACUUCGUUGGGCUCUUGGAUCAGUGGAGAUCUUCUUUAGUAGACAUUGUCCGCUAUGGUAUGGAUUUGGAGGUGGCCGACUUAAGUGGCUUCAAAGAUUGGCAUAUAUUAAUACCAUUGUCUACCCGUUUACUUCCCUCCCUCUCGUUGCUUAUUGCACUUUGCCCGCUAUCUGCCUCCUCACUGGAAAGUUCAUCAUACCAACUCUAUCAAACCUGGCGAGCACGCUGUUCUUAGGCCUCUUCAUGUCUAUCAUACUAGUCAGUGUCUUAGAACUACGAUGGAGUGGAGUAGGCAUCGAAGACUUGUGGAGGAACGAGCAGUUCUGGGUUAUUGGAGGAGUCUCCGCUCACUUGUUUGCUGUAUUCCAAGGGCUUCUCAAGAUGCUAGCAGGAUUCGACACCAACUUCACUGUCACAGCCAAAGCAGCUGAUGACACUGAAUUUGGAGACCUCUAUGUUUUCAAGUGGACUACCCUUCUUAUCCCACCCACCACCCUCAUCAUCCUUAACAUUGUCGGGGUGGUGGCAGGUUUUUCUGAUGCCAUGAACAGUGGCUAUGAGUCAUGGGGCCCACUCUUCGGCAAAGUCUUCUUCGCCUUUUGGGUGAUCCUUCAUCUAUACCCCUUCCUUAAGGGUCUCAUGGGUAAGCAAAACAGGACACCUACUAUUGUGGUGCUGUGGUCAGUGCUCUUGGCUUCAGUUUUCUCCCUUGUUUGGGUUAAGAUCGACCCGUUUAUCAGCAAAGUGGACAGUAAGAACAUUGCUCAGACUUGCAUUUCCAUUGAUUGUUAAGGAGCAAGCAAUGCCAUAAUCAUAAUUUUGUGAACAGAUAGGCAAAUUCCCUACCAAUAUCAGUGGAAGAUAAGUUUCUUGAGUAAAUUUAAAGCAAAUUGCACUUAUGACAUUAGGUGGGUGCCUCUUUCUUGUUUAGGGAGUUACUCAUUAGACAGUAUUUGGCAUAGGGUGUAAUACAUUUUGAUCAAUACUUUGCUAAGACACGUUCAUGAUUUUCUCUGA